AUGACGCCUUUAGAAUUUUGUAAAGGAAACACCUCCGCUGUAGUUGAUUUACAAUCUCACUCUUUGAAGUUUAAACGCACAGGUUUUACAGAUGAUACCACCUUGGUCACAAAGGGGAAGAACAUCGACCCGUUGCUGGAGGAGGCAAACAACGCCCUGAGGCUGGCAAAGGACUGGUUUAUAGCCAACAAACUCAAGAUCAACGAGGAGAAGACUCAGACCCUUAUGUGUUCCCUGAAGAUCGGCCUUGAGGACAACAGCGUGAAGCUGCUUGGGUUCUGGAUGGACUCUAAGCUAAGUUGGCACCACCAUAUUGAAAAGUGUUAUCAAAGUAAAUUGCACGAGAGAGAUGGCAAGAGAGUAUUACAGCAAAGUGGAGUAGUCUAUUCAGCGGACUUUGCGUGCUGUUUGAAAAUUUAA